GGUACUUUACAUAAAAGCGUGCGCGCAUAGCAGCCCAGCGACUUGCUUCUUCUCCAACGUGUGGAAUUGUGGGACAAGCAGCCUGCAGCGCUAAACUUGAGAAGACGAGCAUUCACUUCUGUUGUACAACUUAAACAACCGAGUUUGCUGAGGGCUGUAGAGGCAGCCUGCGCGAAGAGCGCGCCGGGCGACGGAGUACCUGAGGAAAAAAUGCGCGGCGUGCAGCAAGGAUACCACCUCGCGUUCUGAGGCAGACUUUACGUGCAUUUAGGCUGCGCAAGGGCUUAUGUUCAACCAAAACGGCUGGGGCGGACCUCCUGGAAACUUUCACCAAGGCGCUGUGAAUGGGUUCCAUCCCGGUGCGAACGGGUACCAGGGGCCGCCGGGUCUAGGGCAGCAGUUCCCAGGCCCCCAGCACGGGUUCCCAGGCCACCCUGGCUUCCCGGGCCCGCAGCAAGGCGGAUGGUACGGCCACCCGCAACAGCCCUUCAACCAGUUUGCCGCGCAAGAUCAGGCCCAGAGGUACGCUUAUGAACAGCAACAUGCGCAACAGCACCAGUACCAUCAAGCACAGCAGCAGCAACAGCACCACCAGCAGCAGCAGCAACAACAGCAGCAGGACCAGCACCAGUGGCAGCAGCAACAACAACAGCAGCAGCAUCUGCAGUCGGGGGCGCCGCCGCCUUUACCGCCGGACGAGGCUCCGCCGCCUCUGCCGCCCACGCCAGCAGAGGCGGCGCCGCCGCUGCCGCCCGAUCCUUACGGCGGCGGCGGCGGCCAGGCACCUCUGCCGCCUGCUGGCAAUGGCAGCGGUGCACAGCAGCCGGCCGCGCCUGCAGGCAGUGCCGGCAUCCAACAGCAACAGCAGCAACAGCAACAACAGCAACAACAGAGCGCUAAUCAAAAGGCUAACAACAUGCAACAACAGCAGCAGCAGCAGCAGCAGCAACAACAGCAGUACCCGGGUCACUUCGGCGGCGGCGGCGGCGGCCAUAUGCCUGCAUUGCAGGGGCCCCACUUCGGCAUGGGCGGCGGCGGCGGUGGGCAUAUGAUCGGCCCCAUGGGCAUGGCAGGCCCAAUGGGCAUGGGCAUGGCUGGCCCGAUGGGCAUGGGAGGCGCGAUGGGCGGAAUGGGCGGUCCCAUGGGCAUGGGUGGAAUGGGCAUGGGCAUGGGCGGCCCGAUGGGCGGCCCAAUGGGCAUGGGGAUGGGCAUGGGCAUGGGCGGCAUGGGCAUGCAGCACCACCCGCACCACCACCCCGGCAUGAUGCACGGCGGCGGCAUGGGCGGCCCGAUGGGCGGCCCAGGCUUUGGCCCCGGCCAAGGCAUGCCGCCGCCGCGCCCCGGAAUGGCAAUGCCGCUGCCCCACGGCCCCGGGCCGGGGCUGGGCCCGGCAGGGCCCGGCCUCCAGCCGCCGCAGGCGGCGGCGCCGGCCGGCGGCGGAGCCGCCGCCGCCGCCGCCGCCGCCGCCGUUGCAGCUGGCGGCGCUGCGCCGCCGGCUGUGUCCGUGGAUCCUGUGGUCAUGGACAUCACGCGGCUGCUGCGGCCGCCGCACCGCGCCAGCCGGCCGCGUCAGCUGCUGCUGGUGCUGCGGGGGCUGCCGGGCAGCGGCAAGAGCGCGUUGGCGCGGCGCAUCCGCGAGGCUGAGGUGGAGGCGGGCGGCGAGCCGCCGCGGGUGCACAGCAUCGACGACUACUACAUGCAGGACCAGGAGCGAGAGGUGGUGGAGGAGGACGCGGCCAGUGGGCGAAAGAAGCGGCGCAAGGUGACGGAGCUGGCCUACGUGUAUGAGCCCGACAUGGAGGCCACCUACUUCCGCGACCUGGUCAAGGCGGUGGCGCGGUCGUGUGAGGACCGGCGGCACGGCUUCGUGGUGGUGGACGCGCCGGUGUUGCGGGCGGAGCAGCUGCGGGAACUGAUGGCGGUGGGGCAGCGCGCGAACUUCGAAUGCUACACGCUGCUGCCCCUGGAGUCGGACCCGGCGGUGUGCGCGCGGCCCGACCGCAACGUGCACGGCCACGGCGCGGACGACCUCCGGCGCAUGGCGCGGCAGUGGGAGGCCGCGCCGCCGCUGUACACACAGGUCAGCGCGCUGUCUUUAUUUGGGGGCCCGGUGGUCGGCGAGGACAAGGACAAGGCCGGCGGCGGCGCCGUCGCUGCCGCCGGCCCGUCUGCCGGCGGCGGCGCCUCCAGGGCUGGUGACAUCAAGGAAGUCGACAUGGGCGGCAGUGAUGAAGAGGAUGAAAAUGGUGGCGGCGGUGGCGGCGGCGCGGCGGCGGGCCGCCAGGCCAAUGGGAGAGCCGCCGGCGACGCAGACGCGGACGCCACAGGUGAGAGCGGCGGCGGCGGCCGGAAGAAGGCCAGUCGAUGGCACGACGAUGAGGAUGAGGAGGACGGGGAUGCCGGCGAUGCAGGCCGGAGGAAGAAGGGCAAAAAGGGCGCGAAGGCGGCUCGGAUGGCUGGUGCCGACGCGAUUAACGACAGCGAAAUUCUGUCGGUGGUCACUGAGGCGCUGGUGGGCGCGGCGGCGGUGGAGCCGGCGGCGGCGGAGCCGGGGGCGGCGGCGGCGCAGACGCCGACGCCGGGCAAGCGCACCGGGCCACUGCGCCCCGCAUUGCGGCGUGUCAGCUCUGUUACCGCGCUGGAAGAUGUCGUAGCUGUGUUCGGACCGGCGCUGCCGCCAGGCGCUGGCGGCGGCACCGCCGCCAGUCCGUCUGGCGGCGGCGCCGCCGCCGGUGCCAGCGCCGCAAAGCGGCGGGUGUGGUGGCCUGAUCUGGGUCAGGGAGAAGAGCCCUGCGAAGAAGAUGACGAACCGUCACCGUCGGUGGCGGCGGGCCUGGGUACGGCGGCGGCGGCGGCGGCGGCGCGCAUGGCGGCGGCGCGCAUGGCGACGCCACCCCUGGUUGAUACCGUCUAUCUGGAGGGGUUAGGUCCGCCGCCAGAGCUUGAGGAUCUGCCGUACGGCUACCAGCGCCGUACAUCUCCCGUUGCAUCUUCGAGGGGUCCGCGCGGUGGCGGCCGGCCGCGUGCGGACGGCGGCGGCGGCGCCGCCGCCGCAGGUUCUGCGGGGGGCGGCGCCGCCGCCGACAGCGCCGCGGAGGCGCAGGCGGCUGGUGCGGAUGGCGCGGCCGGACAAGGCGGGGAGGAGGCUAACGUUGAGGCAGACCACGAUGGGUUGCGUCGGGUCGAGGUGGUUAUAGAGGCGGAGGAGGAAGAGGAGGAGGAGGACGACGAUGAUGAGGAGGAGGAGGAGGAGGAGGAGGAGGAAGAGGAGACGCCGGAGCAGCACCACCAACACUUCCUGGAGCAGGUGCGCCACGAGCACGAGGGCGAGCACGACGCGCUCCGACAGAUGCACAUCAACAAGCAGCACCAGCAACCCGGGGAGGAGGAAGAGCAGGCGGAGGCAGAGGCGGAGGCGGAGGCAGAGGCGGAGAAAGAGCGGGAGGCAACGCGCAAGUUUGAGAGCUGAAGGGGGCAGCGUCUCGGUACCUGUGCAGCUGCGAUCCUGUGUGUUUUGUGUACGGCAACUGCGGCGAUGUGCGGUGGCAGGCCCGUCCAGGGAUGCCAACUGGGAUGCGGGCAAGUCCACGCAGCUGGGAGCACAGGAGAAGCUUCGGGCUGGCGGCUAGGGGGAGUCCAGCGACUCUUGAUAAAACUGUGGGUGGAAUUACUGCGGGGCCAGCAUGGAACUUUUGAGGGCCCCACGCAUGCUGCGAGGUGGACGAUGCCGGCAGCCGAGGUUCCAGGAGAGACUUUGAGAGUUGUGGGUUGGGGUGUUUGCGCAAUUGAGAGCGGGGCGGUGAUGGGGCGAAAUUUGCUUACCGUAUUGGGGUGGGAACAGGGCGGGAGCCGGGGCGGUGGGGUACCGGGUACGUGUGGUGCUGCUAUCGGGCAUGCGGUGCAAUGGGACAGAGUCAGAGGCAGGUUGAAGGAGUGCAUGCAUACGGACUACGCAAACGUGGCGCUGAGAGCAGGCUGGGGCUGUGGGGCAUCGUACUUGGGGAUUGCAGGUGCAAUAGUGCGAUGGUGGGUUCACUUUGGGGUGAGAAUCAUGGAACACAUGCGAUGGGAUGGACCAUGGAUGUGAUGCAUUUGAAAGCCAAAGCCUCGGACGUGGUGAGAUGGGCAUCUUAUUAGCUGGGCGGUGCUGGCAGCAGGUGCUGGUGCUGGUGCUGGGCGGGUUGAUGGGGUGCCGCGGAGGGAGGGGAUUCCUGCAUGUGGUAGGUCCGGACCCCGUUUUGAAACAAGGCUCAGACGUGCAGUGUGGCUGUGUGAAUGUGUGGCACAGCGCCUUUCACUGCACAGGGAAAUGUUGCGAGCCCAUGCCGUAAUCACGCACAGCAGCAGGCGCGGACCCUGGGCCUACAUGGCAUGCGGCACCCGUGUCAACCGCAUCGCACAUGCCACCCCCGCCCCCGCCUGGCGAUACCCAACUGUAUUCGGUACCACACUACCACUUGUGGCUAUCGAUGUUGCAAACUUGUACGCGCUGUGGAUGGAUCUGACACAUAUAUCCUGACCUGGGUGCUGGGCACCCUUGCUUAAUCGGUCCGUCCCUUCUUGUAAUGUCGCAUUCAU